CUUGGUCCAGCCAGCCCUGGCGUCCACAGCAUGCCUGAUGGUGAUGGCGCCCCCCGGAGACGGCCUCGGCCGAUCAUCUCCUGCCUACGCUGUCGCGAAAAGAAAUUAAAAUGCGACCGCGUCGCCCCCUGUGACAACUGCAAAAAGGCAGGUCUCUCGUCGGACUGCGCGUAUCAGCAUGAUCCGGAUGGCUCGAAAAGACUUCGUCUGGCCGAUGAUGGAGACACCUCUAACAGUAGGCUCACUUUGGAUUCAGGCAAAGUCGGAAUUAUCGAGGGACUGCAGCAACGGAUGAAAAGGCUAGAGGAUCUCCUCGCCGUGAACCCGCACAAUCCUUUUCUCGCGUCGUUUGCUUUGGACGACUUAGGGGCUGGAGGAGAUAGACGAGUCGCUCCUUCCUCGAAUGGACCAGCCUUGAACGUUCCUUCCCCCGAUCUCACUUCAGCUACACCUUCCUCAAAUACGCCGUCCUCGAUCGCGCCUUCCUCCAAUGGAACCCCUGGCGCACCCCCGGACGCACCUUCCUCAGCGAGUCCAUACCCAGGCGUCCUGGUUGUCAAAGGCACGAGAACUCUCUAUCACGGGCAGACCAACCGGGUCUCCCUGCUGCAUCAGUACAGCGAUGCCAAAACCUUCAUCAAUCACGAAUGCAACAUGAGUUCUCCAAUUUUUAGACUUGCCAAGGAGAUCCAGUUUCUGCAGAGCAGAUCAAAGGUUCCGAACUCACCAGAGUCGAUUUUCGAGUCUGGAACCUCUGAGCUCCAGCAGCUGCGAGAGCGCCUGCCGCCAUAUAAUAUCUGCGACCGCCUGGUUGAUUUGUAUGCGGCCAAUCUUGAAAAGACCUUUCGGAUUUUCCAUAUCCCAACCUUUAAACGUCACUUUGCUCGAUUCACAACUGGCGACCUGGACGCUGAUCAAACUUCUGCGUUCCUGGCCCAGUUGACAGCUGUGCUGGUUGCAGGCCUACCAUUUGUCGAAACCCAGUUCCGGUUGGACUUUCCCACUAUUCAUGGCUAUCUGCAGAACGACGCCCUCAAUAUCGUACGUGGCUGGCUGCGAAAGCUCGGUCGCAAGCAGCGGACGGAAACAUCAACUCUUCAGACCGAGGCAAUUGUCAUACUGGCCCGGCAAUUGCGGCGAGAUUCACCAGGGGACCUGUGGCAAGCGACGGGUGAGCUCGUUCGCUCAGCCAUGGUCAUUGGUCUACAUCUCGAUUUGUCAAAAGUCACUGGCAUAUCGCCUUUUGACAAGGAAAUCAGACGUAGACUGUGGAUUACAAUUGCCGAGAUGGAUCUUCAAGCGUCGAUCGCGUCGGGAAUGCCCGUUACCAUUCCGGACAUGGACUUUGGUCCCUUGACCGCGGCCAAUUUGAAAGAUACGGACUUUGACGAGUCGGUAGACGAGCUGCCGCCUGGUCGACCAACGAGUGAAUGGACUGAGGCUCUUCCACAGGUGCUUUUGGCAGGCUCUUUGCGGACACGAAUUCGGACAAUGCUAUUCGUCCAGUCCGGCACUUGUAACCUCACACAGGCCGCCCAAUACGCAAACGACCUUCAAGAUCAUCUACACAAUAUUGUCGUCCUUGACCCUCCCACAAGACCCGGCAAAACUGCCGCCAUGUUAUUCAACAGUGUCCUGGUAGAUUUGUAUACACGGCGACCCCUUAUCUGCCUGAACUCAUUCAUCACCAAGAUUCACCCAAAACAGAAUGUGCGAAACGUUUCGCUAGAUCUGUGUUUCGGCGUUCUUGUGCACCAGGACCACUUCGACCCGAGCAUGGUUGACCUGGAUGUCCCCGCAUUCUGGGAGAUAUUCCAAAUAUUCUGCAAGAACGAUAUUCUGCGCGCGGCACUGUAUCUAUGCGAACACAUCAAGAAGCCGGAAGUGACCUCGCCCACACCACAUACGAAAGCGAGCCUAAUACGUACCGUGGAGAACGCCCUCAAAGGUCUUAUCGCGAGUUUUAGUCAUCCGAAUAGCAGCUUCAAGGAUGUUCUCUUACUUGCAGUCGAGUUCCACUUGGCACGUUCGGGUGGAAUGAAAGGGGAGAAGAAGGAGCUUGUCCAUCGGGGUGUUCUGGAAGCUUUAUCAGCCUGCCGGGAACGGUUGAUAAGCUCUUCUGCUCAGCAGCAAGGGAAUCUGGCGCAGAUGCUUCAAACACAACAACUGUGCCGCAUGGCGAAUUCGGCAUACACACCUAUCUCCUUUUCGCAAUUUCCUGAUUUGGGGGAUCCCUCGCUUUUCGGGGCCGAGUUCGAUAACUUUAUGCCCUUCGAUGAUGAUGCUAUUGGGGCUUUCUUUGCAGAUUUUUGACCUCUCGUAUGCGAGAAGGCCUGGUGCAUCUGCGUUGCUUCUGCACAAAGCGCGGAGAUUAAGGUGGCUCAGAGCAACGACGAUGUACCCUCGUUAUGAAUUUACGCCCUGGACGAAUUGGAUGAGAGACCACAGCACAGACAAUGGCCAAAGUAGGCGACAUAAUCCCAGAAGCUCCUCAUUCCGUAUACCCUCGACCUCGGUCAAGUACGUCUGUAUCUGCAAUGGAUCUUCAUAGCCGUGAUUGCAGCUAUACACACCUCUCAGCUGCCCAUCGAAGGUGAAAACAUGCAGCGCAGACAUCCCAAACACGACAUCAACACCCAUCAUGGAGUUGGUACCUUGACCGCAUCCCCAUACGGGCGCUUCAAAUUAUCCUCAAUGAUACCCAGGCUGCUCACUAUGGCAUACGCGGGAACCGGAGCGUUGGCAGCCUCCUGCCUCUGAACCAGUUGCGCAACCAUAUGCUUGGGCGGUCCAGUCAGCUCGACGAACUCUGGAUGCUCUCUUAGGCUAGUCCGGUAGGACUUGCUGAGUGCACUGGCAAUUUCCGAAAACGACGCAGGCAUCUCGAUACCGGAACUGGACGGGCGUGUAACAGAACACGGCAGCGUAUUCGCGUGUGGUGUAUGGUGAUGGGAGGUGCGGCCGCAGCCUGAACGGACUGAUAGUCGUAUAUCUAGACUGGGCACCUGCAGGAUCCGGAUUACGCGCUACCGUGGCAAUAUAAGCUGGGUGGAAGGCAGAUGUGACGCUGAUGCCUCGCUCCUUGCAAGCAGCGAUGAUGGCGUUCGUCGUCUCCACAAGAAGAACGAGUUCCGUUGUACGAACUCCUUGAACGGCGCGCUUUCCACGCGAGAAGGAGUCCCAAUCGCGGGAAGCUUAGUGACAUAUUCCAUCAGUUUGGCGCUCGCCGUCGUAAGCUCCUCCUUAGUUGGCUCCGCAGUUUUCCCGAGAAUCUCUGGCACCGUUGGCGCCAGCCAAACAUACUUCUUUCCAAACUCGACCUCCCCCGCUGGGUUUGCAACCGCACUUAGAUAGCAAUCCCACAAGUGCAUCGUCCCCAUCCCAUCAAUGUGCGCGUGCAGAGAAGGGAAGACAAGUUCUGAGGAGGCGAGGAUGAAAUACAUUGUACCCUGCGUAAUUCCCCUCGGCGUACGAUAUAGUUGAUCAGCGGUAGAGGCGGUAGAAACGAUAAACGUCGAAGAUAACCACUCAAUUGCCCUUCCAUCUGGAAUCUCAUAGCCCAUGUUCUUAUUUCUGAAUAUCAAUGGUAAUAGCAAUGUACGGCUGUUCAUAGCGGAGCUGUUUCCAGGCGUUUUGGAGGGCAGUUGAUGACGUUUGAUAAGUUAUUGAAGUAUCGAUCGACGCACAUGU